CGGUGGCCGACCGGCCUCCGGCGCUGGUCCAUAGUGGACGCCGCGGCCUGGGGCUGGGAUGUGACGGGCAGUGGGCUCCCGGCUCCCGGCGCUGACGGCAGUGAGCGGCGGCUACUGCGGCCAGGACGGCGCAGGCGGGCAGGCGGGCGAAGCCAGGGCGCUGAGGACUGCGGGCCGACAGGGCCGCGGGAUGAGGAAGCGGACCGAGCCCGUCACCUUGGAGCAUGAGAGCUGCGCCGCCUCAGGCUCGUCCUCCUCCGGCUCGGCCGCCGCGGCGCUGGACGCCGACUGCCGCUUGAAGCAGAACCUGCGUCUGGCGGGCAAGGGGCCGGCAGAGCCGCGCAGCGGAGCGGACGCGGGCAUGAAGCGGGCGCUGGGCAGACGAAAGAGCCUGUGGUUCCGACUGAGGAAGAUAAUUCUCUGUGUUCUGGGGUUCUACAUUGCCAUUCCGUUUCUUGUCAAACUGUGUCCUGGGAUACAGGCCAAACUGAUUUUCUUGAAUUUCGUGAGGGUUCCCUAUUUCAUUGACUUGAAAAAACCACAGGAUCAAGGUUUGAAUCAUACCUGCAAUUACUACCUCCAGCCAGAGGAUGAUGUGACUAUUGGAGUCUGGCACACCAUCCCCUCCAUCUGGUGGAAAAAUGCCCAAGGGAAGGACCAGAUGUGGUAUGAGGAUGCUCUGGCUUCUAACCACCCCAUCAUUUUAUACCUGCAUGGGAAUGCAGGCACCAGAGGAGGCGAUCACCGCGUGGAGCUGUACAAGGUGCUGAGUUCCCUUGGUUACCAUGUGGUCACCUUCGAUUACAGAGGUUGGGGUGACUCGGUGGGAACACCAUCGGAGCGAGGCAUGACGUAUGAUGCACUCCAUGUUUUUGACUGGAUCAAAGCAAGAAGUGGUGACAACCCUGUGUAUAUUUGGGGCCAUUCACUGGGCACUGGAGUGGCGACAAAUCUGGUACGGCGCCUCUGUGAGCGAGAGACGCCCCCAGAUGCCCUUAUAUUGGAGUCUCCUUUCACAAAUAUCCGUGAAGAAGCAAAGAGUCAUCCAUUUUCAGUGAUAUAUCGGUACUUCCCUGGCUUUGACUGGUUCUUCCUCGAUCCCAUUACAAGCAGUGGAAUUAAGUUUGCAAAUGACGAAAAUGUGAAGUACAUCUCCUGUCCCCUGCUCAUCUUGCACGCCGAGGACGACCCAGUUGUGCCCUUCCAUCUCGGCAGAAAGCUGUACAACAUUGCUGCACCAUCUCGAAGCUUCCGAGACUUCAAAGUUCAGUUUGUCCCCUUUCACUCAGACCUUGGCUACAGACAUAAGUACAUCUACAAGAGCCCGGAGCUUCCACGGAUACUGAGGGAAUUCCUAGGGAAGUCGGAACUGGAACGCCAGCACUGAGACUGGCCCGUGAAGGAGCAUGAAGACCCACCUUCCUUCCCUUCUCCCCUGGCCAGCAGUCUGGCACCCAGUAGCCCAGGGUGCCACCACCUGUGGUGCUCAGGAGCCCAGUGCGUACCUAGAAAGAGGACUCGGACACAGUGGGCAGAGGCUCUGCAGAUGUGGAUCUGUGAGGAAAACACGGUGGCAGGCAGGCAGCCUCCUGAGCCUCUGGUGGCCACCCUACCUGAGCUCUCUUUGGGAAUGUUUACUGACAGCAAGUGGACCCCAUAUGCCUUGUGCUUGGGCAUGGCAAACCUGGGAGGGGCCCAGGAAUGCAGGACCACUCCAGGUUUUCUGGCACCACCACUUAAAAUAUGGGGAAAUGGUUCUUUCUGCCCUCCCUGGCGUACGAAGAAUGGACUCUUAAGUGGUUCGGUUUGUCCCCUUCAGCUUGUGUACCUGCUUGCCUUCCUCAGCUGACCCUGCCUCUCAUGGCAUCUGCUUACCCACAGUAAGGGGCACCUGGUUCUGCACUUCCUUCCAUUCUGCCCACCUGUCUGUCAUCUAACCUGGCUGUAGACUGAGCAUUUAUUUAAGAAUAAAAUCUUGGUGGUGGUCUA